AUGGAAGAAAAGAAAUACGCUGUGACGGUUUUCAUGGAUAUUCAGCAAGACUUCGACAGGGUGUGGAACAAAGGUCUACAAUCUAUUUGCACAUUACAUAAGUUCGUUUUCGAAGAAGAGGGAGACAGGAAUAAUCGCAAGCGUCUGCGAGAAUUUACUGGUUUCAAUUACGACGAAAAUGCCGCAGCCUACAUACGCAAAUGCACGUACAUUGAUGAACAUUUAAACGAGAGGGAUCUUACAUCAAUAUGCGUAGUUCUCGGAAUAAGUCAUGAUGUAGAAAACGCACCAGAACACAUAUAUCGGAAUUUGCAAUACGGCAACCUUCUCGCCUACGACGAAAAUGGACAAAACGAUGAAUCAGACGAGGAGAGCGAGAACGACGAAGACAACAAAUCAGAAGAAGAAAACCAAAUCGACGAAGGAAACAGUGCUCAUGGGAUAGGCAGAGACCGGAGGAAUACACAAGAUGAGACACCCCGUUUUGCCAUUAGUUUUCGGGACAUAGAGGAAUCAAUAAAACAAUUCGAUGGCGGUGAUGAAACUCCAAUAGAGAAAGCUACUAAGGAAAAGGCCAAAAAGAGCAAGGACAAAAAGGUGGAGAAGAAAAAAAAGGCGGAAAAGGAAAGAGAAAGGGAAAAGGAGAGGAAGAAAGCAGAGCAGGAGCAAGAAAAAGAGAAGCAGAGAAAGAGUAAAAAGGAAAAGGAGAAGGAUAAAAAGCGUGAGAAGGAGAAAAAGAAGGCUGCCAAAAAGAAAUCAAAGCGCAGAAGAAAAAGUCAAGAGAGCUCGGAUUCCAGCGGCAGUGAAGACAGCGAUAAGUCCUCCUCCGAAUCGUCGUCCUCGAAUUCUUCCAGUGAAGAAAGCGACGCUGAACCUCAGUCGAAGAUCAAUCGCCAGGAGAAUGUCCAAAAAAUAAGUUUCGAGGAAAGCAUCAAGAUAGUGAUGAAUUCAAUCUAG